GGCGCGAAAAGUGGUUAUUAAUCCUGAUAUGAAGAUGUCUCAGUUUGAUCUCAUAGCUGUUCCCGUCGGCAAUAAGACUAAUGAUGAGCGCAAAGACGGACCAUAUUCUAUACUUUUGGCCAGUUUUCACUUCCAGAGGCAUAUGGGAUCGUUUGUCAUUGAAGUGUAUGCCCCGUGUAUUAUGUUGGUUGUGCUCUCAUGGGUCAGUUUUUGGAUUAACAGAGAGGCAACAGCCGACAGAAUUACGCUAGGGUUGACCACGGUGCUCACCAUGACCUUCAUGUCUUUGGAAUUGCGUAAUGACUUACCGAAAGUCCCAUAG